AUGUAUUUAAACACAAAUUUCGAGAAAGAUACCGUUAUAUUCGGUCAUACAAUAUCGGGUGCUUCAGAAUAUCUAAGUAAGUCAGCUAGAGAUAGAACUAUGAAGUCUGAUUUUGCUUUAAAAGUUGCAUCACAAAAAAACAUGAUCCAAAAUUUAAAAAUAAAUGAGAAAUCUUAUAAACUUGAUUACGAAGAUGUAUCUCCCAAAAGUCGCAACCCUUCCCACAAAUACAAUCAAUAUUUGGAAUAUGUCAAUGAUAAAUUACAAGACGACUUAACUGAGAUAGAAAAUUUUAGAAGACCGAUAUAUAAAAAAUCUGGUGAAUUAUUAAAGCCAUCAUUAAAGAAAUCAUCAAAAUCAGUGCCAAAUAAUCUAUACUUUUCGAACAAAACGAAAACAAAUGAUAAUCUCGUUUCAACCAGAGGAAGAUCAAAAUCCGUAGGGUUUCACACGUUCACUGCUGUGAAACAAUUUGUUAAAAAUUCUAAACCAAGUGAUAUCUCACUUGUAGAUUCAUAUAUGGAUAAAGUUAACUACACAGAAAAUCGUCCUUUGCACUAUAUAGAUGACGAGGGUGAUGAUGAUAAUUUAAAAAGUAAAGAAGUGACAAGCAUGAUAAAAACAUCUUUUAUGGAUCCAAUUCCAAACAAUCAUUUCAAUAACAAAGAACAUAUUACCAGCCAACCAGAAACAAAAACAUCUGGGCUUUACAAUAUAAACUUUCCUAUUUUAUCAAAUAAGAAUCCAAAGAGUUUGAAAUUCAACAUUUUUGUAAGUUUAAAAGACAAGAAUUGCUUCCCACAAGAGUUAACAUUGCAUGUUCAAAAAAAUAAUACAAAUUUUCCAAAUCAAUCACAAAUAAAACAAAGGUCACUAUCAACAUUUAUCACAGGCAGGAUUCUUGUGAAAAAUAUCUUCUAUGAAAAGGAAGUAAUGUUGAAAUAUACUUUGAACAACUGGAACACAUCUCAUGAUAUAAGAUGCACAUAUCUGGGUGAUGGCAACAGUUUCCUUCCCGGUCUUAAUAUCGAUAUUUUCAAAUUCAUUUUCGAUUACGAACCAAGUUGCACAAAUAAUGCCAAUUCAAAACUAGAAUUUUGUAUUCAAUAUGUGACUAAGGAAGGUGAAAAAAUAGUAGAAUACUGGGAUAAUAAUGACGGAAAAAAUUAUAAAGUUGAUAUUACUUUAAAUGCAUUGAAAAUCUAA